CACCACUCACUCACUCGCUACUCACAUACAUUCGUUACCUACCGCCUGGCACCCCAGCAGUCACACGCACAUCCUCUCCCCCUGGUUUGCCUCUGCGGCCACACUCACCACACUGUCCAUCUAACCACCUGUCCCUCUGUCCAUCUAUCUAACUUUGCUGUCCGCCUCCACCACUCCUUCCCUGACCACCGUCGCGCCUGCAUCCCCGUCGCCUCCGACCGUCUAAUCUCACACCCCCGGUACCGACCCGUUUCCCCUGGCUGUCUUUCGCUCCUGCGCCGACUUAGACCCAUCUCCUCGAUCCCCUCUACCCUCCUCGCACGUCUUCUCCCCCUCAAGCACACCCGCAGCAGCCAUAGAGACAGCAAUACCGAGCAGCUUUUGGGUGUCUCAACAGGCAGGAAUUUCGGUCCAGCGACUGUUGUUGGUUGCCCCGUCGCCGCGUCUCGCCUUGUCCCUUCCUCUGGAAUUCCACUAGCUGCACCUCACAACAACGCUCGCUGCAUCGCCGUAGACGCCCCGGCCUCACCCUAAUAGACGCUUUUUCAGCAUAAUCACCGUUUCCCCAUUUCCUCACACAUCAUGUCGCCUCCCGAGUCACCGCGAGGGCCCAACCCUCACAUCCGAUUAAACUCGGAUACCCAAGAUAUCACCGGAGAGCCCCCACGCCCAGGUACCGCACGCAGCACAAACUCGGUCCGCUCAUUGACAGCGCCCAUCCGUCCCGGUCCCUCUCCCACGAUGAGCCCCGGCCUGCGCUCCAAUUCGUCCUCAAAUUCAAUCUACCACAACUCCAAUAUCGUAGGGUCUUCGGAACAUCUUUUGCCUCCCAGCAGAAGAUCUACAAGAAUGCGUCCUUUUCGCGAUGAAUCCCCUCUGCGCUCGCCAACCAUCCUGUCCUCGCGACGGUCGAGUUUCGAUUCGCAGUCCAGCCGCGACUCACGAAUCGCCGGUCCCUUCGUUUCGCCGUUUGACGAUUCCAGGGCGCCAUCGCGGGCUGGCAGCGACGAUGAUUUGAACACCCAGACGGUCUCGGAAAAGUUCAACAUCACCCCUUCGGCAGGUCUGCUGUUGUUUCCCGAAGAUGUGGAGAAGGACGAUUAUCUGCAUAAUCCCGAUCCCGCCGAGGACAACAAGAGAGAUUGCGAUGUAUUCACAAAAAGAGGCAUCAUGAACGUUGGAUCAUUGGCCGUUUUGACCAUAGGACUGUUGCUGGUGUUCAUUUUGUACCCCGUAUUGACCUUUGUCGACAAAGUGAACGCGCCCGAGAAAACUCCUUGCACGAACAACCCCCUUUGUAUAGCUGGCAAGGAAAACGAACCGCUUCUGCAAAACAUCCGCAGAGACGUCAUCGAUCCAGCCACCCCCGAGAGCGCCAUGACCCGAAUCUCGCACGACGGCAAGAAGCAGAAGCUCGUGUUUUCGGACGAGUUCAACACUCCGGGCCGUUCGUUUUACGAUGGUGAUGAUCCUUAUUUCCAAGCCGUGGAUAUCUGGUAUGGAGCAACGCAGGAUUUGGAGUGGUAUGACCCUGACGCGGUGUGGACUGAGAACGGUACAUUGAACCUCAAAUUCGAAAACUUUGUCAACCACGGCCUCAAUUACCGAUCCGGAAUGAUACAGUCCUGGAACAAACUCUGCUACAAGGGCGGACACUUGGAAGCAAGUAUUUCGCUCCCUGCGAGUGGUGAAGUUAGUGGUCUCUGGCCUGGUUUCUGGACCAUGGGCAAUCUUGCGCGCCCCGGAUACUUGGGCUCCACUGAAGGGCUCUGGCCAUACAGUUACCACGAUAAAUGCGAUGCCGGCAUCACCCCCAACCAGAGUUCCCCAGAUGGCUUGAGUUGGCUUCCCGGUAUGCGAUUCCCUGCCUGCACGUGCAAAGGCGAGGAUCACCCCAGUCCAGGAAAAUCGCGUAGUGCUCCUGAAAUCGAUGCUCUGGAGGGUACCGUUAUCUAUCUUGGUCCUGGCGAGACGAAUCCCGUUGGCUCCAUCUCCCAAUCGUACCAAAUUGCUCCUUUUGAUAUUUGGUAUCAACCCAACUAUGAUUAUGUCGAAUUGUAUGAUCAACAUGUCACCGAAAUGAAUGCGUACAAGGGCGGUCCGUAUCAACAAGCUUUUUCGGGUUUAACCAACCUCAACAACAACUGGUACAACGGCAAGGAAUAUCAAAAGUACGGGUUCGAAUACAAGAAAGGCAACGACGGCUUCAUCACCUGGUACGUGGGCAACAGCCCGACCUGGACUCUACAAGCAGAAUCCUUGGGACCCAACGGAAAUAUCGGUCAACGUACAAUCCCAGAGGAGCCAAUGGGCAUCAUUGCCAAUCUGGGCAUGUCAAGCUCUUUCGCCACUAUCCAGGUCGACAAGUUGAAGGAGCAUUAUCCAGCCAUCAUGCGGAUCGACUUCAUUCGUAUAUAUCAGGAUGAAGAUGGUGACAUGGAACUCACAUGUGACCCCAAGGGCUACCCGACAACUGAUUACAUCCGAAAACAUCCUGGUCCCUACAACAACCCCAACUUGACUAACUGGGCAUCCACGGGUAACUCCUGGCCAAAGAACACCCUCAUGGACGGUUGUGAGGCGUGA